AUGGUUGAGACAAAGCCUGGUUCCCAGGCGCACUCGCCGAAUGUACCGGGAAAGCCUAGCGGAGGGCGACAGCGGACGAUACAAAGUUGCUUAACGUGUCGGCGGCGCAAGGUCAAGUGCGACCAUGGACAUCCUAUAUGCGGAGCCUGCACGCGUGGUAACCAUGUCUGUACCUGGUCAGAUCAGGUCCAGGGACAGUCAUCGGCCGGGCGAAGAUUCAAAUCAUUAACACCGGGAAACGGGCGGGUCGCGAAGAACAGCGAUGUCCAAUCGCGCCUUGAUCGACUUGAACUGCUUCUCGAAAAGGCAGUGUCGGGGCAAGGCGGUAUAGCGCCUGUGCCCGCUCGAGCUAUCGUCGACAGCGAAAUGAAGGAUCAUGACGCUGCAUUGACGCCGUCGUCGAAUAGCCAAACCUCUCACGGCGCUGGCAUGGCUGACGACGGCGAUGGUACUCUUCUCCUUGACGGCAGUCAGUCGAAGUUUGUGUCUUCGUUACACUACGCUUUACUUGCGGAGGAGAUCCAAGACAUCAAAGCUUUGCUUGGUGACAAGACCGAUGAAGAGCGAAAAGAGGUGCCACAGAGUAGUCUGGUCGAUCUCUUGUCAUUGGGCCGCGCAGGCGCAGGGUCAAAUCUGGAACAACUAUUGCCGGGUACACAAGAAAAACGAGAUACGCUUCUGGACGUCUACUUCGCGAACAUCGAUCCAAUGAUCAGGAUCACACACAAACAAACGGUCAUGCGCAGAUUCUCGACGUACAUGCGCGAAACACACCCUCUGGCCUUCGCAAUAUGCUUUUCAGCAAUCAUCUCGCUACCUCCAAAUGUCGUCCAGAGCCGGUUUGGUGACACGAAAGAGGAGCUUAUGGAUCGCUUCCAGCUCGGUAUCGAGAUUUCUUUGGCUCGAGAAAACUACCUCACCACCUCAAGCCUGGAAAUCUUCCAAGGUUUCGUGCUCUGGCUGAGCUGCAUCACAAGGGAGGAAGACAUGGGUAAGGCUUGGGCGCUGCUAGGUAUCGCUACACGAAUUGCGCUAAACCAAGGUCUACACCAUGAUCCAUCCCUCUUCCCGGCCGGCUCCAUGGACGCUCUCACGAUCGAGCUUCGUCGUCGCAUAUGGUAUCAGUUAGGCCACCUGGAAUUUCGAGCUGCCGAAUGCAAAGGACAGGAACCGAGUCUAUCAGAGGACUAUUACACAACGCUGCUCCCGCGUAACGUCGAGGAUGAAGACCUUGUUGACGGAGCAAGUCCUGGUCCAGCGCCAUACGACGAGAAGAGAUUUACAUCGAUCACGUUCCAGCUUGUUAGAUAUCAGGGCAUGUCAGCUUUACGGCGAAUCAUUCGAAGUACAUACCACCUGGAAAGGCGGAUGCUUGACUCGGGUCUGCACGGCACGUCGAGACCAGACCCCGCACGAGAACUUCAAGAGCUAUAUGAACAGAUCAAGAAGAUGCUGGACGAGGUGCAUGAAGAGUGUCACCGCAAAUAUCUUCGCUUCUGUAAUCCGGAGAUACCUAUGCAGAGAUUGUGUAUGGGGUUGGCUUCCAUACUUGAGUGGCGUUGCUACCUGCUCUUCUGGCUUCGCAUGCCAAGAGCGUACCGCGAUGUUGUCUUCUCCAACGACAUUCGCAAGUCGAUAUUUGAAAAAUCCGUCAAUUGUAUCGAAACUAUCAACGGGGCGUCCGUCGACGUUGACGCUGCUCGAUUCCAGUGGCACAUAGGCGGCGCUGCGUCUUUCCAGGCGAUAAUGCACGUACUAUCCGAACUCCGGAAUCCGAUGUUCGACAGCCCCGAUCGACAGCGAGCGCUCAGGGCGCUGCAAAUGUCACGCAUCCUACGCGAGAACAAUGGCGCCAAAGCAUGGCUCGCAGUCAAAGCCAUGAUCGACAAGGCUAUUCAGGAGCACACCAUGUCGCAGAGAGCGCAGUCGCAAGCUUCUAGCACCUACGCCAGUCCAACGGCGCCAGUCUCUACCGCACUGCAGACGGACAGCAACGUUCAGUUGUACCCUAGACAAGGCCAAAUACCCAGCUACGCCAUACGAGCGCCACCGACCCUAUACGGCCAGCCGCCAACAACUUCACAGCCUGCACAGGCUUACCCUCAACCGAGCUUCGUUCAGGCCAUGGGGCCAAUGCAAGCGCCAGCUGCGCCAUCUUGGGAAGACAUUAACCUCAGCAACAUCAACAACAUCGUUGACAGCCAACCGACACCUGGUAUAGUACCAGAGUUCGACUUUGGCUUCUGGGGCGAUCCUUUCAACUACGAGCACGAGCUCAAUACCGUCCCACCAGAGAACAGCUACUUCCCUCCCUGGUCUGGCUAG